AUGAAGCCAGUAGAAACUCUUGGUCCCGAUGCGGCGAAGACCUUCGUCUAUCACGAUGGCGGAUACUCAAGUUUACUAUUCUUAUCCCGCGCGCCGAAAACUGCACCGACAGUAAGCAUCAGGUAUGACACCAGCGACUCACUCUCAGAUGUAAAUGGGAAUUUCGAUCACGCUAUUGUAUCCAUAUCUCUCAACCAUUUUGUUAGGACGGUAGGAGACGCGAGAUCCUUUUUUCUUUAUAUGGAAGCUGGGAGAGCAUUCAACCGCCCAAUAUGGAGUGGACUAGAGCCAGUUGAUUUCCGAUCACGAAGCGCAACGAUCCGUGAAUGGCUCACCGAAUGCGAAACGUCCCAUCCAAACUGUCGGAGGUCUCCGAAGCCAGACGCCCAGUUAGCAACACGUAUACUCGAUGUUCAAGAGCUUGAAACCGACCGUUAUUCGGUCAAUCUCGUCUCAACUAAAGGAACUGACUUGUACAGUAGACCUUACAUCGUCCUGACUCAUGUAUGGGGUGGUAUAGAGCCGCCUUGUAAGACAACUAAGAGCAACAUAGCGAAAUACUAUGACAGCGGCAUCGAUUUCGAUAGUCUCCCAAAGACCUUUCAAGAUGCCGUUCGUCUUACCGUAGCUAUUGGAUUUAGGUACCUUUGGAUAGACAGUUUGUGUAUCAUCCAAGAUGACACAGAAGAUUGGCAGCGAGAGAGUGCCAAGAUGGCAGCAAUCUAUGGUGCAGGUACUAUUACUCUCUCUGCAACUAGUGCCGAAAAUAGCCAUGGAGGAUGUGGCCUGUCUCCAAAGCUUCAGUCCGUAAUUCGAUUUUGCAGUACUGACCCCGGACGCCCUGACUUUGCCGUCAAGGAAAAAUACUACUUUCUUCGUCAUCCGUCAAGCACCAUCACAGGGCAGCUGCGUCGUGAACCGGUUUAUAAAAGAGCAUGGAUACUGCAAGAAAAGAUUCUCUCGCGUCGGAUUUUACAUGCUACCUUCUCUCAAUUUGUGUGGAAAUGUAACGUAAUCACGGAGAGCGAAGAUGGCAUAGCGUAUAAUCAGAAAACGUAUUUGCCUCCGGAUAAAGCAUGGUGUGUCGGGAAUAGAGGGUUUCCACAAAAGAUGUGCGAUAGUGGUAAUGGCGAACUUGAUGUCUUUGAGUUCGAACACCGUUGGUGGUGGGAUUGCGUAGCCGAUUACAUGAAGCGCUCCCUCACCCGUACAAGCGAUCAAUAUGCCGCCCUGGCUGGCAUUGUGCAAUUUCAUCAAGACAUUUCCGGCAAUAGACCAAUUUUAGGUCUAUGGGAACGUCAUCUAACUCUUCAUCUGUCGUGGAAAGCAUUUCACGACCCUCGAGAGCAUAAAACGCCUCUAUUAGAUCGAGCUGAUUGUCGACCAAGUUGGACAUGGAUGUCUUUUCCUCAUGGCAGCGUCAACAUCAGUCCACCAGAUUGGGGAGAACUCGCGGUUAAGAAACUAAGAGUAGGAGACUUGGGUAUUGUGUAUCAAGCCGCAAUUUUGAACACAGAUAUAAAAUGGAGCGGCGAACCGCUGACAUCCGAUCCAAGUGGUAGCACCAUCAACAUUCGCGGUUUCAUGCGUCGCAUGCGAAAGCCCAAGCCACUUCGGACCGCAAUGCAUAGUCGGUUACGCUUGGAUCCAGGAGUUACCGAUGAGGGCGGGGAGUGUGGCGAAUACGACACGUUUGCUCUUUUCGCCUACGUGCGCAGUGCCGUCUUAAUCAAUCUACCGCCUACUAUCACAACAGCAUACUUAGUUGUUCAAGCAAUUGGUCCAGAAGAAGAGGGUCUUUAUAGGCGUAUUGGGGAGCACGCGUUAACAGAGGAUUUCGAUAUGGAUGGUAGCCCAGACUAUGUACCUGAGGGUGUUCAGAGGGAAAUCACGCUUGUCUGA